AUGGGGUCCGAACUGGGGGUCACUGCUGACUCCAAGGCUGAGAUCGAUCUCAGCCCUGUCACCAUCUGGUGGGCUGUCUGGGCAUGCGUCUGGACCAUCGCCGUUGUGUGCGGCAUGGCCUAUCUCAUCGUCCAUCGCAACAUGCCUACCCUCCGAAUUCGAGGCCUCGGUCUAUCAUUAUCUGCAAUCGUUCUUCUCCAUCUAUACUGGGCCCCGGUCCAGUUUGCCACCAUGGUCGGCCCUCUGCUGCCAGGAGACUGCCAGUACUGGAUGAUGGGCACCUUGCUGCCCUGUGGUAUCGCCUUGUUCCACGCUUCCAACGCUCGCUUCCUCCACGUCGCCAAGCUCCAACGGAAAUACGCUCAAUACGGCGAGCGCCUUUUCAUGUCCCCCACCCCCGAAGAGAAGCCCAAGGGCCUGAUCGCCCGCUUCCACCGUCUCAGCUACUCUACUAAGAUGCUUACCAUCGUUGGCAUCGGAAUGUUCCUUCAGAUCUUCCUCACUAUCCUUAUGUGGCUUAUUUCCCGCAAGUGGCAUAGCUCCUGGGGUAUUCCCGGCACCGAAGUCCACGGAACUAUCAUGGAGCAGAAGACGGCACAGGGCGCAGGAUGGGAGUGGUGGCCUGGUGUAGCCUGGCAACUGGCUUGGUCCUGGAUUGUCGCCCCUAUUGUUCUUUGGAAAUCUCGCAACAUCCACGACACCCACGGCUGGCGACUCCAGACUAUCGGCUGCGCCAUCGCCAAUCUCCAUGCCACCCCAAUGUGGCUUAUCGGUCUCUACGUGCCUGGUAUGGCUCCGGUCAACGCCGUCUUCGUCCCACCUCAGUGGAUCUGUCUGUCUAUCAUUUUUAUGGAAAUCUUCACCGUCUUCCUCCCCUGCUGGGAGGUGAUGCGUCACCAGUCCCUCCAACAAGAAACUCUCGACUCGAUUGCGCGCUGGGAGUCAAAGGUCAAGUCUGCCGGCUCCGAGGCCAAGUCUCUCCACUCUGAGAGCACCAUGGUUGGCUCCAGGAUCUCCGGCUGGAAAUCCACCAACGAGUCAGUCAAGACCGAGAACAGCUAUCGCGACAGCAUCUUGACCAUGAGUGCACUCGAGCACGUCCUGGAGCGCAACCCUGCCCCCCUACAGGAAUUCUCUGCCCUUCGCGAAUUCUCCGGUGAAAACAUUGUCUUCCUCACCAGCCUGGCCGAGUGGAAGAAGUCGCUGCCCGCAACCCUGCGUGACCGCAACCUUCCCCGUGACGGCAACAGCAAAGACGUAAUCCGCGACCACUUCAACCGUGCCCUGCACAUCUACGCCGAGUUCAUCAGUGUCCGCCACGCCGAGUUCCCCGUGAACAUCUCGUCCCAAGAUCUGCGUCAUCUCGAAAACAUCUUCGAGCACCCGACCCGUCUGAUCUACGGCGAGGAGCGCGAAUGUGUCGAUCCCACUAGCCCCUUCGACAAGUUCACUUUCGAUCUUCCAUCGCCUACUCUAUCGUGUAGUUCCGAUAAACAGAGUACAUCGUCAACCAAGUCCUUGACCGAUGCUAUCAAGAAUCGCGUGCAGUACUGGGGUGACAUCCCAGCAGACUUCGAUGCUUCAAUCUUCGAUGCUGCUGAGUCGUCUAUCAAAUACCUUGUGCUCACCAACACUUGGCCCAAGUUCAUCAAGGACCGCAGAAAUUCCAUCGGGUCUUUUGAUACUUUGAGCGCUGGUGGAGAGGCUUAA